GGAGACAACUGCGUCUAGUCAAAGAUGGAGUACUGAAUAUCAUAAACUCAUAAGGUUGAGGAUCAUACUCAACUCACAGUUGUCUCUGAAAUACACCUUCUUAAUCAACAUGUCAAGUUCACGACAAAAUAAAAAGCAGCUUCUUGCGCCAGGGCGAGGGUAUGGUGUCCAUGAUUCAAACCGCAGCAAAAAUGCGUCAACUUCAAAAGGAAGUAAAAUGGGAGGAAGGAACCCUGCCUUUGCAAGUACUCGAAGCACCAUGGUGUCCUCAGCAAGCAAGAGGCAGGCUCCUGGUGUCGCAGGGAGCGAGAAAUCGGCCAACACUCGAAUCCCGGUACAGAUAUUCGAUGAGUCCGGUAAAGAUGUGACACCACUGCCUCUUCUCCAUAUGGAUCCAAACAUGAUGAAGAAAAACCAACCCGUGCUAGGAGACAGCUCAGUGGGCACCCCAACGGACCUCAUGUCUCAAGCAUCUGCAUCCAUAUAUGGCACCCAGGCUGGCACAGCGACUACGAGCGUCUUUGGUGGUGGCCCCUUCACCAGAUCUGUUUUCACUCAGUCUUAUGACACGGGAUCAGACUCGAUCCCUCCCGAUGAGACGGGCUCUCCAGACCUCACCACAUUCUCAGAGGUGAGGCACAAACGACAGGAAGUGCAGGAGAUACCCACGGAAGAGGAUCUGGUGAAAAUUGUGGACAUCACUUUGACUGAAACGGACACCAUCUGGAUGUUUGACAUGCCUGACAUCAAAGUCUCCAAGGAGUGUGAAGAAGCUACGGACAUCAUUGAAAGGAACAAAGCAUAUGCAGAGCUGCAGAAAAGUCGUGUUGGCAAUGACUUGUAUGCCGAGAGAGGAAUGAACACGUUCAAUGAACCUCCAAAGAUGAAGAGUGUCAGCACAAUCAAGAUUGACACAGCAGCUGUGGCAGUGGAAUGCACCAACUGGGAUAUGUUUGACACUUAUGAUGCCCUUGAGAAAGAGAAAAAAGCAUUGACUGAAGGGGAUCACGAACAUCCAGGUGUGCUUGACCCUGAGGCCAAAGCCAAAGAGGAAGCGGAGGAGGAAGAGGGAACAAUCAGCCGUCCAUCAAGCCCGAAAGAGGACGAGGGAGGAGAGCAGACGGGAGAGAAAGAGCCGUCAGCGGGCGCGGAGGAAGUGGGAGAGGUGAAAUCAACAACUGAGCAGGCCGGCAGUCGGAUUGGCAGUGCUGUGCCCACUGGACGAGAGAGCAGGAACACGGUGGCGUCGUCGGUGCUGGGGUCGGAGGUUCAGUCCACUCUGGAGACGACCGUGGAGCUGACCGACAGAGAGAAACUGACCCAGGAAUGGGAUGAGCUCACCAAAUCGGAGAAGCUGCGUCACCACCUGUUCCUUAUGGAGAGAGUUGUGAACCUAAACACCUACCAGAACAAGCAAGCCCUCUACCGAGGUUUCAAACCUCUCAUUGAAAAAGCCCGGAAGGCUUCGAGUGUUGCAGGUGACAGAGGUGAUGGAGAUGAUGGUGGAUUGGAGAUGAGAGUUGUUCAGAGUAAGAAAACCUCGUUAGACGCCGUGAUCGACCUCCCCAUCCCCGAAGCUUUCCAGGUGGUCGCAGAGGAAAAGAGUGCCAGUACAGUGUCUGUUCAGGACAUGGGACCAAACCUGGACCGCCUCUGGUCCUACAACUGCAACUUGACCAGGAACAAGAAUGUCAGCUGCAUUGCUUGGAACAAGUCUAACCUGGAUCUUGUGGCAGUCGGCUAUGGUCAAUUUGAGUUCACCAAGCAAAAGCCUGGAAUUGUUUGCUGCUGGUGUAUAAAAAAUCCAGAGUACCCAGAGCGAGUGUUUACAUCGAAGCACGGAGUGACUGCUUUAGACUUUUCUACUGCUAAUGCAAAUCUCCUAGCUGUCGGAUACUAUGACGGAGGCAUCGCUGUCUACAAUGUGAGGAAGUCCGUGGAUGAACCCGUUCUCGACAAUUUCACGACAGCGGGCAAACAUCUGGCCCCGGUGUGGCAGCUCAAGUGGAUCGAGAAGGAGAGGGGCUCUGGAGAGGAGAGAGCCGAGGUUUUGAUUUCUAUCUCUGCUGACGGCCGGGUCACGCAGUGGUCCAUACGGAAAGGCUUUGAGAGCUACGAUGUGAUGAAGCUGAAAAAGAUGCCAACGAGAAUGGCUGGCAGAGCAAGAGAAAAGAAAGGGGAGGCCUUUAUUUCCAGAUAUGCUGGUGGGAUGUGCUUUGACUUUCACUCCAGAGAUUCAAACAUCUAUCUUGCAGGGACGGAGGAAGGAUACAUUCACAAAUGUUCCUGUUCUCACAAUGAGCAGUAUUUGGAGAGCUACCACGGACAUACUGGCCCGGUGUACAGUAUCCAGUGGUCUCCCUUUGUGCCGGACAUCUUCCUGAGCUGCAGUGCCGACUGGACCAUCAAGCUGUGGCAUCAGGACAAGACCAAACCCAUCCUCUCCUUCCACUCGUGCACGAAAGCUGUCAACGAUAUCUGCUGGUCUCCAUGGUCUUCCACUGUGUUUGCCUGUGUGAACGAAGGCGCCGUGGAAGUGUGGGACCUGGCACAAAGCACACUGGACGCCGUGUACACAAUAAGUCCCACUUCUGGUGCCAAGCAAACAAGUGUUUCUUUCAGCAAGAAUUCUCAGUGUCUGCUGGUGGGGGACAACGAGGGUCAAGUGACGGUGUACGAGCUGCGCUGUAUGCCGGGUCCUGCCGAGGAUCAGGAGCAUGCUCUGAACAGCGUGAUCGAGUCCUCGCUGGCAAGUCAACUUCCUGGUCCGACCGACGGAGCUGGCGACGGGACACAAGAAGAAAUGGACGAGCCCGAGAUGUGAACGUCUGAAGUGUGAACGUAGAAUGUUUGUCGCUGCGGGAGAUGUGGUCGAGACAGAGCCACUGGCGCUACGUCACCGACAGUUGAAAGUUUGGACUAACUAUGAUUGUGAUACUUUGUGUAGAGGUGUCCUCACAGUUGCUUGGGACAGGGUGAAACUAGUCUCUACAGAGAACUACUUUAGAAGGCAGUAACAGAAACCACUUGUCUCGAGUUCGUAAUUACUCAGGAUAGCGAGUUUGUUAUUGGACGACAGAUGACUACUUUAGAAGGAGGGUUACAUUCGACUAAAAUUCCUAAUUCUCCAGAUUGUGAGUUUCCGUUACCUAUGUCUCCCUUGUGGACGCACGUAAGAUUGGAUAAGUGACUUCAGUACAUUUUUCAGAAGGAAAAAACACAUUUAAAAGGACAGCUUAAAGUUAUUUGAUUUUCAUUUGUUUAUAUUUGAUUUUAAUCAACAUAUGAAACAUGCUCUGCAGAAUACAUUUCCCAAACAAAAAGCAAAAAUAGAAAAUUUUUUAGUGAUCCGAUCUUAUCGGGAGGUUGACGAUAUAUCAUAACAACGACGGAAAGAGCUAGUGAAAUUGGUCUGUUCAAGUCAUAGGCUUGAGAUGGAAGUAGUCUCAGCUGAGAAAAAGUAUAUGGGGGAGCAGCCGUCUUCCUAUUUCGUGUCCUACAAGACACUCUUCUUAAGAUAUUUUGAUAUGUUUUGAAAUAAAGUAAACAUGUGUUUGACCCAUUUG